GCACUCGGCUAGGUUCUGCAAGUCCUUUAUCUAGCUAACCUAGUGCCGUGGGAUAAAUGUGAAUUUUGCUAUUCUAAAUAGCAGCCUACUGUAGGCUACUAUAGUACUGCAAAUCAAUGCAUGCUUGUUUUUGCUGGCACAAUACUCUUUACUGCACAGACUGCCGUGGCCAUGCUUACCAGCUGAUCGACAAUCUUUGAAUAACAUGCGUCCUUUGUUGAAUUGUCCAAAGCAAAGAGCCAUGGUUCAAUCCAAGACCUGGGUCCUGGCCCGUCACUUUGAAGGCUUCCCGGAGGACAGCAACUUUCAGCUGAAGCUGGAGCAGCUGCCAGAGCCUAAAGAUGGAGAGGUGCUUCUCGAGGCACUGUUUCUCAGUGUGGAUCCAUACAUGAGACCGUUCAGCCGACUGCGUAUGAAAGAGGGGGGAGUGAUGAUCGGAACUCAAGUGGCCAAGGUGAUCCAGAGCAACAACUCAACCUUCCCAAUUGGGUGCCAUGUGGUUGGUAGAUGCGGCUGGAGGACACACACUGUGUCUGAUGGGACAGGCCUGACACGCCUUCUGUCUGACUGGCCACAGGAGGUCCCCAUGUCCCUGGCUCUGGGGGCCAUCGGCAUGCCUGGGUUAACAGCCCUGUACGGUCUGGAGGAGGUGCUGGGGCUGCAAGCUGGCGACACCCUCCUGGUGAACGCUGCAGCUGGGGCCGUGGGCUCCGCUGUGGGCCAGAUCGCUAAGAUCAAGGGCUGCAGGGUGGUGGGCUCCACCGGGUCUGACGCCAAGGUGGCCUUCCUCAAGGAGCUGGGCUUCGAUGAGGCCUUCAACUACAAAACAGUCAGCUCUCUGGAGGAGGCCCUGAAGACUGCCUCACCUGACGGAUACCACUGCUUCUUUGAGAACGUGGGAGGCCCUUUCUCUAGUGUGGCCAUCCCUCAGAUGAAGGAGUUUGGAAGGAUAGCCUUGUGCGGGGGCAUCUCAACAUACAAUGACACCACUCCACAAACAGGUCCCUACCCCCAGCUGACCAUGAUCUUUAAGCAGCUGAAGAUGGAGGGCUUCCUGGUGGGCAGGUGGGAGCAUAAGAACCAAGAGGCUCUGAGGAGACUGAUGGCCUGGAAGAGGGAGGGGAAACUGCAGUGUCGUGAGCAUGUCACUGAAGGCUUUGAGAACAUGCCUGCUGCCUUUAUGGGAAUGCUGCAGGGAGACAAUAUUGGAAAAGCCAUUGUUAAAGUUUAGAUGGCUUCAAUGGAUACUCUAUCAUAGAAUUAGAAUUCAUGGAACAUUCCCAUAGGAACGCCAAACUAUAACCAUGACAUUGCAUUCUGGAAUCAUUUUUCUAUAGUGCAUUCAUAGCACAACCUUAUUAUGCAUUCACAUCAUAGUCCGUCCUAGAAUCCAAAUGUUUACUUUGUAUGAAGUAUUAAAGUCUUUUUAUGGC